CAGAAAGCACCAAAUAGUUAUCGCUAGGCCAUUCCUUUCUUUUCUCCGCUUCACUCCUGUUUUGCUUGUGAAAACUCUCCGACCGAUCAAAUAAUCCGCGCGACACACGGCACAGAAGCUCGAAAGCGCAACUCGAGGCUUAUCGUAGCUAUCUCAACCAAAAAGUCGUCAUGAGCUGGUUUACAGCUCCUACAUCAUACCGCCUCAACGUCGCAAAUGCCUUGUCAGCAGGAGUAGGAGGCUUGAAGGAGAGGAGAUACGCGUCGGCAGCCAUGGAACUACCCAUGAUGGCCUUGAACGAGCACACAUCACAUCCCGACUUUGCCCACUUGGUAUUGCUGGUCUUUGAAGCAGUCUUGGAAGUGGUAUGCGUCAGUCUACCGGGUUACAUCGUCGCCAGGCGAGGCAUGUUCGACGCCGAAGCACAGAAGAUGGUGGCCAACCUGAACGUGCAACUCUUCACGCCGUGUCUAGUCUUUACCAAGCUCGCCUCGCAACUCAACGCAGACAAACUCGCCGAUCUCGCCGUCAUUCCCGUCAUCUUCUGCGCCCAGACUCUCGUCUCAUGGAUUUGCGCUCGUCUCAUGUCCAAGGCCUUUGGCUUUGGCAAGAGACAGACAAACUUCGUCAUUGCCAUGGGUGUCUUUGGCAACUCCAACUCGCUGCCCAUUUCGCUCGUCAUUUCGCUAUCCAAGACUCUCAAAGGUCUGCACUGGGACCGCAUCCCGCACGACAACGACAACGAAGUUGCUGCAAGAGGUAUUCUGUACCUGCUCAUCUUCCAACAACUCGGUCAAUUGGUUCGCUGGACUUGGGGCUACAACGUCUUGCUCGCUCCUGCUGUUGAGGAUACCAAGAUCGUAGAAGAAGAGAGGGAACACUUGAUCGAAGAGGGUAGAUACCGCGACGAUGUUGACGAAGACGACUUGGAGCAGGGCUCCUCCUCGACCAAGAAGAUUAGCGGCUCUGCCUCUGGCGACGAGUCUCCUCGCACUGUUUCCAUUGGAUCUUCAUCCUCCAACGAUCACACGGUCCAACCUGUCGACGGCGAGGUCAUGGCUACUCCUGCAAAUGGAAACAUUGUCGGAUCCGGCCCUGGUAACCUUGCUGGUAACCUUGGUCCUCGUCAACGCUCUACCGGCCAUAUGACCCAGUUCCCCAACUACUCGUCCGCCUCGACCGCCCAAUCCGAAGCUCCUACAGGCAUCAAGGCCAAAAUCUCCCAAUUCUUCGCCCGCAUCAAUGCUUCAAUCGCACAGUUCUUCAACAACCUAUUUGCCAAACUCCCUCCAGGCAUGCAAAAGUUCCUGAGCUCCGUCACCCACUACACAACCCGCUUCGUCAAGGGCGUCUGGGCAUUCAUGAACCCUCCCCUUUGGGCCAUGGUUGCCGCUCUCAUCGUCGCCUCGGUCCCUGCACUCCAACACACCUUCUUCGCCCCCCACACCUUCGUCUCCAACUCCGUCACCCGCGCCAUUCAGCAAAGCGGUGGUGUCGCCGUUCCCCUUAUCCUAGUCGUCCUAGGCGCCAACCUCGCCCGCAACACCCUACCCCAAGAAGAAUUGGUCACCACAGCCGAAGGCAAAAAGGAAGAGCGCAAUCUCCUCAUCGCCGCUCUCGUCAGCCGCAUGCUCCUGCCUACUCUAGUCAUGGCACCCUUCCUCGCCAUCUUCGCCAAAUACGUCCCCGUCUCCAUCCUCGACGAUCCUAUCUUCGUCAUUGUGUGUUUCUUGCUCACCGGCGCACCUUCGGCACUCCAACUCGCUCAGAUCUGUCAGCUUAACGGUGUGUUUAUGGGUGUCAUGUCUAAAUUGCUCGUGCAGAGCUAUGUCGUCUGGAUUCUACCCAGUACGCUUGUUCUGGUCAUGCUUGCAUUGGAGGUUGUCGAGUGGGCUGCAUAAAGUGAGAUUAACGGGAAUGGGAAAGCAAUGGAAGCUUUUUUUUGUAUAUCUUUAAUCGUGGACUUGUCCUUUCUUGUGCUGCGUUGAGCGUGUGUGUUUUUAUGAAACUUUCUCUCUUUUUUUUUAUACUUUGACAUCAAAGAAUGGAU